UCUUCCAUGUGUAGAAUAGCUCUGUAGCAGGUCUCGGCAGACGUACUCUCAUGGUAGUAUGGAGAUUAUUAUGUGUUUAACAUUAUAUCUGACACGAGACGUUAUCAUUGCAUAAUUUAAUAGGUUUGAUGCGAUGAACGCAGUCAGGAGGUUUGCGAGUAUUAGUGUAUUAGGAGGAGUCGUAUCGAUGAUGCUGUUCCUCGCUUCAAACAUACCGACAAAGUUUAUUCUUCUAAGACAUAGUGAUGACAAUGGCGAAGCAAGAUUCACAGCAUAUUCAGCAAAUCAAGGUCAGACCGCACGAGGUUCUCUUCGAUACCUUGACAACAUCACAGUGAGUCUGGCCUAUUCAGCUGAACAUGUAGUUGCAGGAGCUUCUAACCGAACAAGAACCAGUUAUGAGUUCUUCUUCAGUACCAAUACGAGCCCCCUACCUAGCAGCGUCGGUGAAUUUGAAAGAGGAAAACUAGGUGGGAUGGCGAACGCAGAAACCAUGAGCCCUUUUGAACAGGAGAAGCGUGAUGAAAGUAGAUGCGUCCCUCGAGAAAAUAUAAUGUACCUUAAAACCCACAAGACCGGGAGCUCUACAUUACAGAAUAUCAAUUAUCGCUAUGGUGAUGCUCAUGGGCUGACGUUUGCCCUACCAAAAAGAGGUGUACAUCUUGGGACUCCCUCAUUGUUCAACCGGACGCAUCCUGUCAAGUCGCCGUCAGGAAAAUACAACGUGCUUGCCAAUCAUGCAAGAUACAACCGUCCCGAAAUGGCCGAGAUCAUGUACAAGAACGCAGCAUAUGUGACCAUCAUCCGGCAUCCCUCUACCCAGUUUGAAAGUAUGUAUGCCUACUAUGGAUUCCAACGCAACUUCAAUGUUACCUUGAAAGAGUUUGCGGACAAUCCACAGACAUAUUAUCGAAGAGAGAUAGCUAAACCUCACCACACUGCACUCAACCCGACGCUGUAUGACCUAGGAAUGCAAAAACCGGAAAUGGCCGAUGAGUGCGUCAUUCGGAAUAAAAUUGCUACUUUGGAGGAUGACUUCGAUUUAGUCCUAAUUGCAGAGUAUCUUUUGGAAUCCUUAGUCCUCUUGAGAGAGUUAAUGUGUUGGGAUUUGAGCGAUAUGACCUACUUCUCAUCCAGAGUAAGAACGAAUUCAGAAGAGGAAAAAAUGUCCAAGAGAACGUUUGAACGACUUUCCGAAUGGAACCAUGGCGAUGCCCUUCUUUAUGAACAUUUUAACCGAACCCUGUGGACAAAAAUAAAGGCGUACGGUCAGGAAAGAAUGGACAAAGACGUCAGGACGUUAGAAAAAAUGAUCAAAGCACUGAAAGACAAAUGUCUGGAUGGGACCACAUUUUUUAAGAAGGUCACUCACUAUGUUCUAAGAGAAAGUAUGAAGGACAAUGUUCAGUGCAUUAGAAUGAUUAGACCUGCUUUUAAGUAUCUACAAACACUCAGAGAGAAGCAAGGAAUACCGAUUGGUUAAAAGUUUCAAACUAUAUUGUUGAUUUACAAGAAUUUUUAUGAGCCAGUUAUCCAUUUCUUUAACAUGACUAUAAAUUCACGUUCUUUAUUCAUUAAUUUUGACCUCUUUUGUUUAUUUCAUGAUGGUUUAUGUGUCUCUUUAUUCAUUUUUUCACAAGGACCUUAUGCAUGUGACGUCAUGAUCUCAAAGCGCCCUCCUUCAGAGGAUAUGGGAAUAGCGUGAAUGUAGUUGUCAGAGAUGUGCCAGCUGCACAUCACCAAGGCACGCAAGGCAACAGCAGUGAAAAUAACCUUUGAAAUGGCACGAUGACGCAAAUGUAUAAGGUCUAUUCAUAAUACGCAGAUACGCCCACACCCACCCACACACACACACACACACCAAUAUGUUUUAGUAUUAUUGUGUCACAUUUGGGAUAAGCCUUUACAUGUGGUUGCUAUGCGACCAUUUGCAGCGUUUUGCUAUUAAACUAUGUAUUGAUAAUGACGCUCAAUAAAUAUUGCAAUACCUUAAUAAAUGGCCAUAUGCAGAAAUAAAAUAUAUAAAAAACAAAAAAAUACAGAUACCAGAAAUAAAAGCGUGAAAGGUAUAGCUGCAAAGCAAAAACCUCUUACAAGUGUAAUGUAGAACAUUUGGUAAAUAUAAAUCCAUGAAAAAUACAAGAUCAACAACAUUGAAUUCCAACGGAUUAAAUGAUAUGGCAAUGGUGUUAACAGCCAUUUAUUAAUAAAUCUUUUAAAUUCCGACAGAUCUAGGACGGAUUUCAUUUCAAAGAAACGAUAUUCCAAAUGUAAGCCCAUCAUAGGUUUAUUAGAGUUAGAAGUACGACAUUUCUGUACAGAUUGGUUAUUGGACAUCCUUCAAAUAAGAGUAACAAAAAUGACGAAGAAAACGGGAUUGCUGUUAUAAUACAUAAUUUACACAUUGAACGUUUCUGUAGUAAAUCAAGGCUGCUCCAGAUAUCUAUGAAGAUGGUACAUGUAAACGAAGAUUUGUGUA